AUUAUUUAUUACGCCACACAGGCCUUCGAUACCUGUAAUGAUAUGACAGGCUCAGGAUUGACCUGUUAAAUCUCUGCCUGGAGCCACAGUCGAUAAGCGUCUCCAAUUCUACUAUAUUAUGGUAGCAGAGAGUUGAUGAUAGGUAUUCGAAACUGUGCAGGUCCGGAGUUCCAUCCCUCUUUCUUAAGCGUACAUUGUCUAUGGUUUCUCCAUGGUUUAAUGGUGUUUAAAAUAUUUAAAAAGUCAUAAUAGGUAAAAUCGACCUCUACUUCAUCCAGCGCAUAAAAAAGUAUAUCCAUAGUUAAAUUUAAUACCGCGUAGCAAAGUUAUAUAAAGUGGAAUAAUUUACGUGGAAGCUCUCAAAGGAAACUGCGGAGACGUUAGCAUGGAGUUGUCCGGUAAAGUUGCGUUGAUUACUGGUGCAGCUGAAGGUCUUGGAAGGGCUUUUGCUGAAGAGCUGUUGAAAAAACAGAUCAAGGGUGUCGGCAUUUUAGAUAUUCAGAAAACAAAAGGAGAAGCGACUUUAAAACAACUGGCUAAUGAAUAUGGCGAAGAAAAAGUGCAUUUUAUACAAUGUGACGUCACAGAUAAACAACAAUUUGAAGGAGCUUUUAGUGAAGUCCAGAACCGAUUUGGUCAAAUCGAUAUAGUUUGUAAUAAUGCUGGAAUUGGUGGUGAAGACAACUGGGAGAAGUUGGUCGAAGUCAAUCUGAUCGCAGUUAUUCGGGGGACUCACUUGGCGAUCAAAUAUAUGAGUAAAGCAAAUGGCGGCACAGGUGGUGUUAUUGUAAAUAUGGCAUCAAUGGCUGGACUUCGAGGUGUACAGUUCUGUCCUGUGUAUUCUGCCACGAAACAUGGUGUCAUUGGGUUAACCAGAAGUUUAGCGGUUCGUUAUUUUGACAAUACUAUAGCAAUAAAUAGACGUAGGCCUACUAGAUGGGUAUCUAUAGUAGCAGAGGCGUUUAUGAAGUUGGUUGAAGAAGAUCGGGAUGGUCAAAUCAUGCGCAAGUGGAAUAGUUUACGUGGAAGCUCAGAAGGAAACUGCAAAGAAGCCAACAUGGAAGUGUCCGGUAAAGUAGCAUUGAUUACUGGUGCAGCUGAGGGUCUUGGAAGGGCUUUUGCUGAAGAACUGUUGAAAAAACAGAUCAAGGCUGUCGGUAUUUUAGAUAUUCAGAAAUCAAAAGGAGAAGCAACCCUAAAAGAACUGGCCAACGAAUAUGGCAAUGAGAAAGUUCAUUUCAUACAUUGUGACGUUUCAGAUAAACAACAAUUAGAAGAUGCUUUCAGUGAAAUUAAAAACCAAUUUGGACAAAUUGAUUUGGUGUGUAACAAUGCUGGAAUUGCUAAUGAAGCCAACUGGGAAAAAAUGGUCGAAAUAAACCUGAUUGCAGUUAUUCGAGGGAGUCACUUAGCUAUCAAAUAUAUGAGUAAAGCAAAUGGCGGCAGAGGAGGCGUUAUUGUAAAUAUCGCCUCAUUAGCUGGACUUCGAGAUGUACCAUUCUGUCCUGUAUAUGCUGCCUCAAAGCACGGAGUCGUGGGGUUAAGCCGAAGCCUAGCGGCUAGCCCUAUGCUAAAGUCAGAUAGUAUACGACUGAAUGCUCUCUGCCCAUCGUAUACCGACACCGCUUUAAUCACUCCAGAAACAAAGGAAUUUUUAAGCAAAUUACUGAGUAAUUUCAAUGUUCAACCAGUGUCUAUUGUUGUAGAGGCGUUUAUGAAGUUGGUUGAAGAAGGUCGGGACGGCCAAGUUAUGCGGGUAACACAUACCAACGGGAUAGACCUACAAGAGUACGAGGAAAUACCAAUAUAAAAUGACAGAUAUCUUUGUGAUACAGAUCUUGCUUUAUGUAUCUUUAUUUGAUUGUUAUUGUAUACAGUACCACCACAAUAUUUAUUUUGCUCAGUUGCCAAGCAGGCCACAGACGCUAGAUUAUUCCUUUAUAUGGCCACGAGGAAAUAGACAACUAUACAGUAUAAAUAACAAUUAUGAGAUUGUGCUAUGAGAAUCAUAUUGCUUUCAGUGGCGGAUACAUCAUUUCUUGCAGGGGUGCGACCACGGUCGAAGGGUUUUGGGGUGUUUGAAAGUGAAAAAAGUGAAAAACAUCCGAAUAAAAAUAAAUCAUAAUAAAACAAAUAGAUCAUUGUACAAAUCAAGAAUAUUAGUCAAAUUAAAUGAUUCAACACUUGGUUGUUAAUGAUAUUUUUUGGUGCUGCUGGGAAGGGGAUGUUGGGAGCGGGGCGCCUCUUUUGCCACUGGCCUAGAUUUAAGAAUUAUUAUUUAGGCGACGGGAUAGCCAUCAAUACAAGAAAAUACGUUCACAUAUUUGGGGAAAAAAUGCAAUUGCUGAUUCGGUUAUAAUGAAUGAAAAUUAAACAGAAUCACCACUGGUUUUGUAUCGAUACGUAGGCGACUGUAACGUACUGUAGUUUCUAAAAAUAGCCAGAGAAAUGACAAAGAUGUGACAUAUAGGAAAUAUCGAAGUUAAUUCACAUCAAGUGUUCUUUACAUACAGAAUACAUAGGUCUAAAUGGUUUAGUUAUUGCGACACUGUGACUAUUAUUAAACCGUGUUGCAAAACAGAUUAACUUAGUAUUUCGUUUCCACUAAUUCCAAAAUAAUAAGUCCUAAUUAAUGGUGUUUAUCUUUAGGCAUUAUCCUGUGUUAUUGAUACUGUGCUUAGGCUAAUAAUAUGAUAGAUUACGUCCCGACUAGAAGAAGAGUAGGCAUAUUGUCAUAGAUAUAAUACGUUAUGUAUGGUCAUAAGCUUCCAUGUGGUGAAUUUUUUAAAUAGAACGAUUGUUGUGAAAUAUUUAUUUAUGGGUCAAGUUUAUGGUAUUAAACAACCUGAGCUAGAAAACUAUUUUUUAAAAUACUCAAUAAGACUGAAUAAAAAAAGCACGUGACAUUUAAA